UGCUUUUAAAUUAUUCAUUUUAUGAGAUAUAGGGCAUUUAGAACAUUACAAAGCAAGAAAAAGAGAGAGAACAGCCAUAGAUCUAAAAGAACAGUCAUAUCUUAUGUGAAUCAAGGUAUUGCAUAUGUUUUAAUAAAAUUAUUAACAAUUUUGAUCUAUUUUUAGGGAAAAAGACGAAAAAUAAAAAAAUUAAAAUGAAAUAAAGACACUACUAACAAGGAAACAAUCUUUAACAAAGAGAACUUUGAUGACUCUUUAAUCAAAGAGUACAAAACAGUUCGUAAAUAGGAAGAUAACUGCUUUAAAAGGCUCUGUACAAAGUGAAAAGGAGAAGAUGGAAAAAUGCUCUGCUUUAGUUCUCAGAUACAAGCCAGACUCGAUCCAGAGAGCUCCCAUUCAAAAUAAGAACUAUAUAAUCAAUACUUAGAAAGC